UCUGUCAGUACUGCAUAAAUGAGCAUACAACACUUCCAGGAGUAAAACCUUUCCAGUGAACAAAAAUGGCGAUGAUUUAUUAUUCACUGCUGAGAAAAACAAAAACCUUCAUUUUCUUUCGAUCUCACCAUCAGCUUCAGUUUCAUACUUCUUCAAUAUCCUCAUCUUCUUCUUCCACCCAAACUCAAAAACCCCUAUUCUCAUCACCCUCCACACAGAACCACUCUUCAUCUCUUAUUGUCAACCAAAUCCUCACUGCAAUACUUGAAAACAGAUCAUUCGAUUCAGAACUAUCUUCUUCGUUCCCUAAUCCCCAAUGGACAGUUGGAACUGUGUGUGAAGUUUUAAGAUCAAUACCCAGAUAUUUCUUUCAGAGUUGUGAAUCAAUAGGUAGACAAAAAGGGUUUAGACACAGGACACCUCUGAAGCAGAGAAUCCUUAAACAAGAAUCUGAGCACAUUGAGAAAGGUAUUCAUGUUCUUGGUCCUGGUGCUUAUAGAGAUCCCAUGAAAGUUAAACUAGGUUUAGAUAAAGCAUUAGAGUUUUAUUACUGGGUUGAAACUCAAUUUGGGUUUUCUCAUACUGAAAUUACUUGCAGAGAAAUGAGUAUUGUGUUAGCUAAAGGUAAUAGAUUGAAUGUAUUAUGGGAUUUUUUGAAAGAAAUGGAAAGGAAAAGUAAUGGGUUGCUUGUGACGACUACUACUGUAACUUGUUUGAUAAAAGUUCUAGGAGAAGAAGGUUUAGUUAAUGAGGCGUUAGCGGCUUUCUAUCGAAUGAAACAGUUACAUUGUAGACCUGAUGUUUAUGCUUAUAAUACGAUAAUUGGUGCUCUUUGCCGAGUUGGGAAGUUUAGAAAGGCAAGAUUUUUGUUGGAACAGAUGGAAUUGCCGGGUUUUAGGUGUCCUCCUGAUACUUUUACAUAUACCAUUUUUAUUAGUUUCUAUUGCAAGUAUAGUUUGCAGACUAGUUGUAAGAAAGCAAUUAGGAGACGGCUUUGGGAGGCCAAUCAUAUGUUUCGGCAUAUGAUUUUUAAGGGUUUUACUCCUGAUGUUGUAACUUAUAAUUGUUUGAUUGAUGGUUGUUGUAAAACAUACAGAAUCGAAAGAGCAUUGGAGCUAUUUGAUGAUAUGUUGAAAAAGUGUUGUGUUCCAAAUAGGAUUACUUAUAACUCUUUCAUCAGAUAUUACAGUGCUGUUAAUGAGAUUGACAAGGCUGUUGAAAUGAUGCGUAAAAUGAAGUUGAUGAAUCACGGAAAACCCACUACAAGUUCCUACACACCCAUCAUUCAUGCUCUGUGUGAAGCUGGAAGGGUGUUGGAAGCACGAGAUUUUCUUGUUGAGUUGGUUGAUGGAGGUUCUUUUCCUAGAGAAUAUACAGCAAAAUUAGUUCGUGAUGCCCUGAAAUCAACAGGUGAAACUGUGUUUGAAGAUGAGCUGUGGAGAAAGAUUGAGGAAGGGAUCAAGAUUAGGUAUAACCAAGUGAUGCAGGUGAAACCGAUGAUGAAACAGAUACUACCUUCAGCAUAAGGGGGAUGAGCUAGUUUGUAUACGAGUAUGAGCAAAAUGCCUGUCUACAGAAUAAAACCUUCAAUUCUUAGCUUUGAAGGCAGCAUUUUGUUGUUUUUUCUGAAAGCCACUUCAACUCAAACACAAGUGACUUGUUCUUGAACGCAGGCCAUGCGGAAGGAAACCCAGUCACAUUCUUGGUGCGCAACAAAUGUCCUUUCCCUUUAUGGCCAGCAACUGCCUCAAAUGCAGGGCAUCCAGUGAUAGCUGAUGGUGGUUUCUUUCUUCCCUCAGGACAGG